AUGUGGACGGCUGUACCGGUGACGGACCCAGGGGUAGCCAGCGGCAAGACGACGGCCAAGCCCGUGCAUACCGACGGCAUGGUGCGCCGAACUCCGCUCAUCUUUGGGCUGGCUCUCUUACUCAUCUCCCUGGUCGUGUUUAUGCGCCGAAGCGAGGAUCGCGUGAUCCACGCGCCAGCCCCGACAGUUUUGGAAAUGGAGCAACUGGUACCAGAUGAAGCAGCAGGCUGCUGUCAUCGCCACUGCACGCCCAUCGGAAGCUGCCCGGAGCAGUUCAUCCUCGAGUUUGAAACUACCAAGGGCGCUUUCCGGGCUCGAUUCACCAAGGCUUGGGCACCGUUGGGUGUGCAACGCAUCUGGGAAAUGUACAAGACUGCUUUGCCUCGACCCAGACUUGUGCGCUCAAAGCUCCCCGCGCCCCUCAUGGUUCGCCCCUCGAAUGCUUGGGGCACACUGCUUGACGCAGGGCCUAACACACGAACAACGCAGCUUUUCAUCAAUUACGGCAACAACGCCGCAUUGGAUAAGCAGGGCUUUGCGACGCUUGGCGAGGUGAUUGAGGGCAUGGACAAUGUCGUGCAGCACAUCAACGCCGAGUACCGUGAGAAGCCCAAUCAGGGGUUGAUUCAGGCCAAGGGCAACCCCUACCUCAAGAGCACUUUUCCUAAGCUCGACUACAUUGUGGCAGCGCGCCACAUUGAAGAGGACCAUUAG